AUGAUGAUAGAAACAAUUAACUGGCAUGAAAUAACUGCAAUUACAAAAGAGAAGACUGCAAGAGUAAUACCCAACGCCAUAAGAAUAAGCACAAGUAGGGACAGGUAUUUCUUCACAUCUUUUGUCUCAAGAGAUAAUUCGUACACUGCCUUGUUCCGAGUUUGGCAAAAUGCACUGUUAGGCCAGGCUGUGGGUCCACUUGAACUACGAAAACUGUGUAGGAGAUUUCGAAAAAGGACUUCAGAUGAUGUAGACGGGGUAGUAGAUGAUAAAGACGAAACUGGGGAUGAAGUCACCGAAAAUGAUAACGAUAAUCCAUCGAUUUCACCCAGUGAUGUUUCCCAAGAUUAUCAAGGAGACCAGGGACAAAAGACAAAGAUUUCGGUUAUUCCACCUACGCCCCCUGUCGGUGUGCAUGAAGAUGACUUAUGGACAGGCGAUUUGGAAACAUCGGACGUCAAUAAAAGCGGCCUACCAGACCCAAAAGAAGACAAUGAUGGCGAGGUCAGUGACGUGUCUUCAAGAUCACCAUCUCCGAUCCUUAGGAGAGCUGAGAACCUUUUAGCGUUUGCGAAGCAAAGAAAAAAGCAAAGGAAGAAAUUAAAGAAAACCUUUUCUCUAUUGCCUGCACCAGAAACGUCGGGACUUGAAGGAUCAGAGAACGAAAAUACUUCUGAAGAUAACGCUGAAACUGAUGACGCUGGCGGUGAAGUGUUUUGCCCUUGCGUGGGAGCCCAUCCAGGAGUAGAGUACUGUGUAGAGGUAAGUCUCGGUGAAUUUGAUCAUUUCCAGCUUUUGCCACAUUUGUCACCUGUUCGCUUUCACACCUGUUAUCACAAAGCCCCCUCCCCAAUCAUAUGCAAAAUCGUUCCAACUUAUUACACCACCUUCUCCAACUCUGUCUAAGGCUUAAUUCCGCUGCAAGAGCCAAGAAAAACACGAGGAAGGCAAAUUAAAAUGAAAGAAACUAAACUGUCACACACCCAAACCCCACUUCGUUUUCAUAGUUUUUUAGGAAUGUUUUAGCCGCUUUAAGAUAUUGCCCGGAGUAAAGAUAAACUUUUUCUAGGUUUUGUCACUCUCUUUUACUUUGC